AUGUCAACGGAAGCAAAUCGCCAACAGCGCUACUCAAAGAAGCGAUCGGCCACACCCCGAGCUCAGUAUGCGGCACAAGCUUGUCAGGAAUGUCGGCGACGGAGAGCAAAGUGUGAUGGUCACAAGCCGUCGUGUGCUCGGUGUCUGAACCGCGGCAUGGAGUGCGUGUUUAACACCAAAGAUGACAGCCGUGGCACGGCGCCGAGAUCGUUGGUGAUGCAGCUUCAAGCGCGCAUCCAGCAGCUCGAGCAGGUGUUAUGGCUCCAUUCCAUCGAUGUCGAGUCAUCUAUAGCUCAGCUCAGGGCCGGUCAUCUUCCAUCAAUCUCCCCCUCCCAUUCCUACCAACAGUCGAGAGAAGAGGAGCUUGUUGGGGCACUGUGCGCGAAUGGACCGUUCGGUGAUGCGAGGCAUGAUUUGGCCACUUCGAAUGUAUUCCAUCACCUCCAGUGCCUCACGAUGGCCACCCAUGAGGUAUCCAGCGAGUUGCAAGUCUCGCUCCACAACCGAGUGGAUUGGAAGUGACAGCAUGUUGCUGCGUCCUUUGGGUACCCUGAAACAGGACGAGAUGAUUUGUGAUCCCUCGAGCAAGCUAUGACUUGGUUCGGAUGGAGUCUUACCCAACGCAGACUAUCGUCCCCCAUCACAAACACUCACCCAAGCGUUGAAAAGCUGAACCCGAGUUGCUUGUGACAAUCGCCGCCUCAGAGGAAAAGACUUGCUCCAGGGACUUCGUAGCUGGAAAUUACUAUGAGCUCCAAAUCGGUUACCAAUGCCAUGGUCGCCAGCGUAGCUCCAAGCUUUGCCACUUACUAAGCCCAAUGGAAGAUCAGUUUCAGGGAAUCCAGCUCGGCUUCGAGGAGGAAGAUCC